UCGGCGGGGACACGGAGCAGAGCUGCAGCGUCUGAUAUUUACCCAGGGAAUAAACCCAGCGAGGGGGGACGCAGCGGGUUUAGGGCGCGUUGUAUGAGAGAGGACCAAACCUGCGAUUGGACCUUGACUAUGUCAGCCAAUGGGAGCUCAGAGAUGGGCUGCAGGUCAGAGGCCAGGCCCACCAACACCACCUGCAGCCAGAAGGAGCUGACCAUCACCCUCUCUGUCAUCUCCAUGACUGUGGGUGUCCUCUCCAACACCCUGGCCCUCUUCAUCCUGCUGAAAUCCUACCGCCGCAUCCGCCUCAACUCCAAGGCCUCCUUCCUGCUGUUUGCUGGCAGCCUGGUGGUCACAGACCUCCUGGGCCACCUCAUCAACGGCUCCCUGGCAGUUUUUGUGUACAGCUUCGACAAGAAAUGGGAAACUUUUGACCCCCACCACAUUGUGUGCAGCCUCUUCGGCGCAUGCAUGGUGUUCUUUGGCCUGAGCCCACUGUUCCUGGGGAGCGCCAUGGCGGUGGAGCGCUGCAUCGGCGUCACCUGGCCCAUCUUCCACUCCACAGCAGUUGCAUCCCACCACAUGAAAAAGCUGCUGGGGCUCACCUGGCUGCUGGCGGCAGUGGUGGCCGCGCUGCCCUUGCUGUUACGGAGGCCCUACCGGGUCCAGAGCUCCAGGAGUUGGUGUUUCUUCCAAAUGGAGGAGCAAAGAGACUGGCUGGAUCUGCUGCUGCCGCUUCUGUUCUCCAUGCUGGGUCUGCUGGCCCUGCUGCUCUCCAUUGUGUUCAAUACUCUGACCAGCUGCUCUUUGCUGCAGUCCAGACUUCGCCGCAAGCAUCACUGCAGAGGCAUGUCUUACCACUUGGAGAUGAUCUACCAGCUCCUGGCUAUAAUGUUUGUGUCCUGUGUGUGCUGGGGCCCUUUACUGAUUUGUGUGAUCAUGCUGAGCACUCAAGCCCAAGACAAGCCUGUUUGCCUCAGUCUGCUGCUGGGGGUGCGCAUGGCCACCUGGAACCAGAUCCUGGACCCCUGGGUGUACAUCUUGCUGAGGAGGGCCGUGCUGAGGAAACUCCUCCUCUGGUUUCACUGUUGGUGGUGCCCGAGGUCCCACAGCCUCCAGCGCUGGAGGUGCAGCGUGUUGCGCAGCUCCAUGGAGGCCAGUGCCUCAGGGAUCAGCCCAUCUGACUGCCGCUGCCUGGGCAGAGUGCCUCUGCCAGACACCAUGAUCAAAUCCAUCACCUGAACCCUGAUCUGAUCACAGGAGCAAGCUGACCAGAAGAACUUGGAUCAACUUUCAGAUUCUUCCAAACAAACUUUGACUCUUCCAAAGGGCAAAGUCAUUGCAGAUGUUUCCUUGGGAUGUUAUUCAAAAUACUGUCAUGCAGAACCAUUUUGGAUCAGCAUGGACUGGAGGUGUUGUGGUGCAUUUUAUAGUAAGGGUUUCAUUUUUUACAGGACUGAUCUAGUGAUUGGAAGUGAUUAACAAAAUUUGUUUAAUUUUUUCCUCUGCUAGAGAUAUUGUUUAUUAUUAUUGUCUGUUAUUGUUUAUUAUUAUUGUAUUAUUAUUAUUGUCUGUGAUGUUUUUUAACACUUAGAACACUAGAAUUUCAGCAUGGCAGCUCUAGUCUGUGUCCUAA